ACAGUAGUCCUUAACGAGAAUGGUUUGAAUGCGAAGAGCCGGAUCCAUGGAGAAGACCUAAUACCUGUUAAAAAUAAAAAUGUAAUACCGUUAAUAAGUGGACAAGAAAUUCCUCCCCUCGCCGUUAUUUAAAAAUCUAUCGCAGGCCAUUGAAAUCGCGCCUUGACCCGUUACAGCAAGAAGCCGUGGAUCCAAUUUGCAAAUUUAACCCAAUACCCGUGGGUGAUCCACUCAGCAUUGUAAAUGAAAAAUUGAGUGCUCCCGUUUUCUGGUUUUUCCUUUUGCAGUUCCCUUUUCGUUUUGCUGUCUGUCAAAUCCAUCUGUUUGGUUGUAUUUGUUGGAUCUCCGAAUUCCAACAUUUGGAUCUUAAAUUUCAGGUUCUUAAAAUUAUGAAUACAAUUCCAUUUCAUUCCAAAUAAUCGUUAUUGGGGUGGAUUGAUUUCAUUGCAGCAUUUGAUUUAGUUUUGAUUUGAUUGGAUCUGAGUUGAGCUCUCUACAACAAUUUCACGCUUGGACGCAAUAAUGAAUCCUUUCUCGUCUGGUACUCGUCUUCGGGACAUGAUACGGGCUAUACGUGCAUGCAAAACUGCUGCUGAAGAACGUGCUGUUGUAAGGAAAGAGUGUGCUGCUAUUCGUGCUGCAAUUAAUGAAAAUGAUCAAGAUUAUAGGCACCGCAACCUAGCAAAGCUUAUGUUCAUUCACAUGCUUGGAUAUCCCACUCAUUUUGGCCAAAUGGAAUGCCUAAAGUUGAUUGCAUCAACUGGAUUUCCAGAGAAGAGGAUUGGAUAUCUUGGUCUCAUGUUGCUUCUUGAUGAAAGACAAGAAGUGUUGAUGUUGGUCACAAAUUCAUUAAAGCAAGACCUGAAUCAUUCAAACCAGUAUAUUGUAGGGCUUGCUCUUUGUGCUCUGGGAAAUAUUUCUUCUGCAGAAAUGGCCCGUGAUCUUGCACCAGAUGUAGAAAGAUUGCUGCAGUUCAGAGAUCCAAAUAUCCGGAAGAAAGCAGCAUUGUGCUCAAUACGGAUCAUAAAGAAAGUGCCUGACCUGGCUGAAAACUUUAUGAAUCCUGCUUCUUCACUGCUUAAAGAAAAGCAUCAUGGAGUCCUAAUAACUGGAGUUCAACUCUGUACAGAUCUUUGUAAAGUCAGUUCUGAAGCCCUGGAGUAUUUUAGAGAGAACUGUAUUGAAGGUUUGGUCAAAACUCUGAGGGAUAUCGCAAACAGUCCCUAUUCACCUGAGUAUGACAUUGCUGGCAUUACAGAUCCUUUCCUUCAUAUAAGAUUGCUUAAGCUUCUGCGGAUAUUGGGCCAGGGAGAUGCCGAUGCUAGUGACUGUAUGACUGACAUACUUGCCCAGGUGGCAUCAAGAACCGAGUCAAACAAAAAUGCAGGAAAUGCUAUUCUUUAUGAAUGUGUUGAAACCAUCAUGAGCAUUGAAGAUAAUGGAGGCUUACGUGUGCUUGCUAUUAAUAUCUUGGGAAGAUUCUUGUCAAAUCGUGACAAUAAUAUAAGAUAUGUUGGAUUAAACAUGCUUAUGAAGGCUAUUAUGGUGGAUGCUAAAGCAGUGCAGAGGCAUAGGGCAACAAUUUUGGAAUGUGUAAAGGAUUCAGAUGCUUCAAUUCAGAAAAGGGCCCUUGAACUUGUAUACUUGCUAGUGAAUGAAAGCAAUGUAAAGCCUUUGACAAAAGAGCUAAUUGAAUAUUUGGAAGUAAGCGAUCAAGAAUUUAAGGGAGAUAUUACUGCCAAGAUAUGUUCCCUUGUUGAAAAGUUCUCCCCGGCAAAAAUAUGGUACAUUGAUCAGAUGCUCAAGGUUCUUUCUGAGGCUGGAAAUUUUGUAAAAGAUGAAGUCUGGCAUGCUUUAAUCAUUGUUAUAAGUAAUGCUUCUGACCUCCAUGGAUAUACAGUCAGGGCAUUGUACAGAGUUUUGCAAGCAUCGACAGAACAGGAGUCCCUUGUUCGAGUUGCAGUUUGGUGUGUUGGUGAAUAUGGUGACAUGUUGGUGAACAAUGUUGGGAUGCUUGACAUUGAAGAACCAAUAACAGUAACAGAAUCUGAUGCUGUGGAUGCCAUGGAGGUUGCUAUUAAGUGUCAGAGAUUGGGUCUCACUACUAAAGCUAUGGCUUUGAUUGCUCUGUUUAAGCUCUCUUCUCGAUUUCCUUCUUGUUCAGAGAGAAUCAAGGAUAUAAUUGUCCAGAAUAAACGAAGCCUUGUGCUUGAGUUGCAGCAACGCUCUAUUGAAAUUAGUUGUAUUCUUCAGAAGCAUCAGAACAUUAGAUCGGCCCUGGUUGAAAGGAUGCCAAUUUUGGAUGAGAAAACUUUCAGUGGAAGGAAGGCUGGCUCCUUGCCAACAGCUGUUUCAACUUCCUCCAUAAUACCGUGUAAUCUUCCAAAUGGAAUUGGUAAACCAGCUGCAGCUCCUAUUGGAGACUUACUUGACCUAAGUUCAGAUGAUGCCCCCCCUGCACCUGUCUCUUCUGGUGGUGAUUUUCUUCAGGAUCUCCUUGGUGUUGAUUUAUCCCCAGCUUCUGCACCAUCAGGCACAAGUCAGUCUCCAAAAACUGGUACAGAUGUUCUGCUGGAUCUUUUGUCAAUUGGAACAUCGCCUUCCGUGCAAAGCAGCUCAUCAGCUAUUGACAUAUUAUCCUCAAGUCAUGACAACAAAGCACCAGUUGCCAAUUUAAACGGCCUUGCAUCACAUUCCUCACUUUCUGCAAAUGCCACUUCUCCUGCAAGUUCUGCUGGAAUGAUGGAUUUGUUGGACGGGACGGGUGCUAUUACUCAAAAGCAUGAGGAAAAUGGUCCAGCUUAUCCAUCCUUAGUUGCAUAUGAGAGCAGCACCUUGAGGAUGACGUUCAACUUCUCAAGGCAACCAGGAAACCUACAAACAACGUUCAUCCAGGCUACUUUUACAAAUCUGUCACCUAAUGUUUAUAAUGAUUUUCUUUUCCAGGCGGCAGUUCCAAAGUUUCUUCAGCUGCAUCUGGAUCCUGCUAGUAGCAAUACUUUGCCUGCAAGCGGUAAUGGGUCCAUCACACAAUGUUUGAAAGUCACUAAUACCCAACAUGGGAAGAAAUCGUUGGUGAUGCGCAUAAGGAUAGCUUACAAGACGAACGAUAAAGAUGCAUUGGAAGAAGGGCAAAUCAACAAUUUCCCUCGCGAUUUGUGAGGUUGAUCCAUAGCGAUGGUUGAAGAUAUUCAUCUACCACCUUUUAAAACAAAGAUCCUUUGAGAAAUUUGUGAGCUCUCACAAUGUGUAGAGAUAGUGCAAUCUUUACUUGUAGUGGAGGGGCAAGAGAUUUUUGGUGGUUGUGUUGUGCCAAUGUCAAAAGGGGUGGAUCACAUUAAUUUUUCACAAUAGAAAAAAUUUUCAUUUAUUAUUAUUAUUUAAAUGUAUAUUUUUUAUAUAAACCCCCUUUUUUUUUAUCUAUCUUUAUGGAAUUGAAUUUUGGGAUAGGGAGUCACACAGAAACUCUGUUGCUCUAGUUUUCGUCUUUCAAACAGAAUUAGAUUUAUGAGAGGAAUCUGAGCUUAGUUCAGUGAAACAAAAUUAUUAGAGGAUUUGGACUCGUCUUUUCUUUUCUUUUUUUUUCUAAAUUACUAUUUUUUGUAAAAGAUUAAAUAAAUUGUCAAAUAUAAAUACUAUUUUCAGUUGUAAUUAUAUUUUAUUUUCCUUUUCA